AUGGCUGGUGGUGCUACCCCUGGCAUGAGGGAGCUCGAUCAAACUCCGACGUGGGCUGUCGCCGGUGUCUGUUUCGUGAUCAUUGUCAUCUCUAUAGUUUUAGAAAAGUUUCUUCACCUGAUCGGACAUUACUUCCAACAUAGAAAAAAAGCUGGUUUGCUUGAAGCUCUAGAGAAAGUUAAAGCGGAGCUUAUGGUUUUGGGAUUCAUUUCUUUGAUACUCACAUUUAUGCAAACGACCAUCGCUACUUUGUGCAUUCCAGAGCGCUUUGAGGAUACAAUGUUGCCUUGUCCUAUAAAAAGGCAUCAUGGUGGUGGUGGUGGUGGAGGAGAAGGAGGACGAGGAAAAGAAGGAGGAGGAGGAGGCGGUCAUCGCCGGCUUUUUUCGUAUGAGCCGGAGCGCAGAUUUUUAGCUGCGGGUAGCUCUGGAGGAGGCUGUGGAGCGGGAAAAGUGCCGCUUAUCUCUAUAAAUGGAUUGCAUCAGUUGCACAUCUUCAUCUUCUUCUUAGCAGUAUUUCACGUUAUAUAUGGUGCCGUAACCAUGACACUAGGAAGAUUAAAGAUUCGUGGGUGGAAGCAGUGGGAACAAGAAGCUGUAGUUGAUCAGGAAUUCAAUGAUCCUACGAAGUUCAGGCUUACUCACGAGACAUCAUUUGUGAAAGACCACACAAAAGCUUGGACUAAAACACCAGUGACCUUCUACCUUGUAUGCUUUUUCCGACAAUUCUUUAGGUCAGUUCGUAGGGCUGAUUUCUUGACCAUGCGGCAUGGCUUCGUCUCUGUUCAUUUGGCACCGGGAAGCAAGUUUAAUUUUCAAAAAUAUAUCAAAAGAUCACUAGAAGAUGACUUUAAGGUAGUUGUGGGAAUCAGUCCACUGUUAUGGACUACAAUGACACUCUAUUUGCUUCUCAAUGUUCAAGGAUGGGAGGCUAUGUUUGUCUUGUCCAUGCUUCCUCUCGUUAUCAUCUUAGCUGUUGGAACAAAGCUGCAAGGAAUUAUAACGCAAAUGGCAAUUGAAAUCCAAGAAAGGCAUGCUGUAGUGCAAGGGAUACCUCUGGUGCAAGUCACUGAUAAGCACUUUUGGUUUAGCUGGCCGGAGCUAGUGCUUUAUUUGAUCCAUUUUGUACUGUUUCAGAAUGCCUUCGAGAUAACAUACUUCAUUUGGAUAACGUAUGAGUUUGGGUUGCAUUCUUGUUUCCAUGAGAACUUCCCGCUUGUAAUCCUCAGAGUUGCCCUUGGGGUCCUAGUCCAGAUUAUGUGCAGCUACAUCACACUUCCGCUAUAUGCAUUGGUUACCCAGAUGGGUUCAACAAUGAAGAAGUCGAUCUUCGAUGAACAAACUAACAAGGCCUUAAGGAAUUGGCAAAAGAAUGCUCACAAGAAGAAGACCGAAACCAGCUCAAAUAAUAAAACAUCAAAUCCCACACUAGGUGGAACUCCAUUAGGGAAAGGACAGACUGACAUGGAAAAUGAUGGAGCAACUCCACCGCAAUCGGCAAAUCAUGACCUCUUGACAGGACCGUGA